GCCACAUGGUCAGGGUCCACGGGGACACUGGACACUGCUGGCACGGGAUGCACUGCGCUGCGGUGCUGGGUGCUGCACAGGCAACCUCCACUGCUCCUCUCCUCCGUGCUCAGCUCCUGGGGGCGGCAAGGCACACCAUGGCCACCAACCUGCUCCACGUGCCGAAACCCCAGGGGCUGCUUCGGCCCCUGGUUGUGCCAGAGAGGCUGCUGCUCGGGCCAGGGCCCAGCAAUGUGCCCCCCCGCAUCCUGGCUGCAGGUGGCCGGCAGCUCCUGGGCCACAUGCACCCCGAGGUGCUGCAGGUGAUGGAUGAGAUCAAGGCGGGCAUUCAGUAUGCCUUCCAGACACAAAACCGGUUGACCCUGGCCAUCAGCGGCACCGGCCACUGUGCCAUGGAAGCUGCCCUCCUCAACCUCCUGGAGCAUGGUGACACUGCGCUGGUGGCUGUCAACGGCAUCUGGGGACAACGCGCUGCCGACAUUGCCAGGAGGUUGGGAGCCGUUGUCCGCGAGCUGUGGAAGCCCCCGGGCGAGUACUUCACCCCACAGGACAUCGAGGAGGGCCUGGUGCGGCACAAGCCCUUGGUGCUCUUCAUCACCCAUGGCGAAUCCUCAACGGGAGUGCUGCAGCCACUGGAGGGGCUGGGCGAGCUGUGCCACCGGCAUGGUUGCCUGCUACUUGUGGACGCGGUGGCAUCACUCGGGGGAGCCCCUAUCUUCAUGGACCAGCAGGAGAUCGACGUCCUAUACUCGGGGUCUCAGAAAGUCCUCAACGCCCCCCCUGGCAGCGCGCCCAUCUCAUUCAGCGAGCGAGCCAGGGAGAAGAUACUGAGGAGGAAGACGCAGCCUUUGUCCUUCUACCUGGAUAUGGGCUGGCUGGCAAACUACUGGGGCUGCGAUGGUGAGCCACGAAGGUACCACCACACAGCACCAAUCAACAGCUUCUUCAGCCUGCGUGAAGGCUUGGCCAUGCUGGCGGAGCUGGGUCUGGAGAGCUCGUGGGAACGCCACCGGGCCAACUGUGCCCAGCUGUGCCAGGGUUUGCGGGACUUGGGGCUUGAGCUCUUCGUGAAGGAGGAGAAGGCAAGACUUCCCACCAUCACCACUGUCAGGGUGCCCAAGGGCUACGACUGGAAGGAGAUCACAGCCUUUCUCAUGGAGAACCAUGCCAUCGAGAUCGCCGGGGGCCUGGGCCCCUCAGCGGGCAAGGUCCUGCGAAUCGGCCUCAUGGGCUGCAACUCAACCAGCAGCAACGUGGACCGUGUGCUGCAUGGCCUGCGAGACGCCCUCAGACACUGCCACCGCAGCCGGCUGUGAGCACCCCUGCAAAGGGGGUGUCCAGACGAGGUAGCGUGGCACUGCCCCCUUGCCUGGCUGCAGGGAGCUGGCACACAGAGUGGCUGUGCCACCUCCCUGGAGUGCUGGCAGGAAACACUGCGACACCCAGCAACCCAAGCCAGAGGAGGAAAGAGAUGUGGAGGUGAGGGCUGCAGCUCAGCAGACGUGGGACAUGACUCACAAACCCUUCUCCCUGUCCCCACACAAGGUCACUCCUCACCCUGAUGGCCUGCCCCCCCAGCUGCUCCCUUACCCCUGCCCCCAGGGCAUGGCACUCCACUGUAAGCUGACACAAGGGCUGGAUGCAGAAUCCGACUGCAGGUCCCUUCCUUUCCCUUCCCACCACUAUCACCCUUGGCCAUCCCCGCACCAGCCCCCAGCUGUGCAGGACACCAGCCAUCCCCCCCUGAUUAGGUACCCUGGUAUGAAACAUCCACCCCAGUACCCAGCUCUACCAGGGGAGCUGAGAGGCUGUCCAUCCUCACCCAGCUGCAGCAGAUGUGCACUUGCCCCCCCCACUACCAUCUUCCCUCAAUAAAGCAACAUGGCAGUAUGCUG